GUGUUCAUUUGCUACGCGUGAAAGAUAGGAUUUAUAGUUUCGACGCUUUCGAACCAUUGUACGAUGGUCGUUUGCACUUUCGAUUGAUUUAUUUGAGAGGGAUUGUUGCUGACGCCGCGAGAUGGCAUGCACGACGCAUCGACGGAGUCAUUCCUCGACACCGUGUCAUAUCUGACAGAAAAUGAAAGCAGACGCUAUACUCGUUCUGGUCCUGUGCAAUCUUUUCGCGCGGAGUGUCGCGUACGACGACAUUCUCGGCGACGACUACGUCGAAGAGGAUCUACGGAAUGCGGGUUCCGAUCGACUGCUUCGGCAACUCGUGUACAGUAAUGGAGAGAAUCGUCGGGGCACGGACGACGAGUUCGACAAUUGGAAAGGUCGGUGGAUGCCCGCCAGACCAGCCGAUCCCACGUCGCCGCCAAAAUUAUUUCCAAAAAUCGAGGAAGAGCUCGUUCUUGGUCCCCUGCCGCCCCUUCACGGAGUGCCCAUGGGACACCCGAUGGCGAACUGCGAUGACGCCAAGACUAACCUGACGACCGACUGGAAUAGAUCACCGAUCGACUACACGUGUUACGGCAAGAAACUGGUACGGAGCCUAGAAACGGUACCGAUCAAGUAUUGCGAACAUAUUUCUAGGUAUUACGUCGCCACGCACAAAUGCAUGCAGGAGACGAUAGAAUACGACGAUGCCAUUCCGCUGUUUGGACCGCACAGACCUCUGUGGCCCGUCUACGGAGAGUACAAAUUCCUACCUAAGCAAAGGUGGAUCCACAGUCUCGAGCACGGAGCGAUCGUGAUGCUGUACCAUCCGUGCGCCAAUCCAUUGGAGGUGCAACGUUUGAAAAGCCUAGUCGCUGGUUGUCUGCGACGGCACGUGAUCACCCCUUACAAUCUGCUGAAUCAGGAUCGCCCACUGGCACUGCUAGUUUGGGGAUGCCGAUUAACGAUGUCGUACGUGAAUCCCAACCUGGUGACUUCGUUUAUUCGCGAGCAUGCGCUUCGCGGACCGGAGGACAUACCGAGGGACGGCGAUUUCGAUGAUGGCCUCCUAUAUCGUGCCCAAACCGUGACCGACAGCGAAGACACGACACUCUGUCCAAUUCGCGUGUAACGUUCGUACCUUUGACACAGCGCUCUUCGAAACCGCGAAUAACGUUUCGCUUUCGACUAGCGCUUACAUGCAGGACCUCUCAAUGAUCCAAAGUGGGCCCGUGUCACUUACCUUUCAGACAACCCCAAUGUAUUAAAAGAAUCCUCUCUCUUACGUGAUAAGUGAUAUUUUUGAAUCCGUUGAAGUCGUAGCAUUCAAAAAGGAGCGGUGUAAUUGGUUUUUUGCUGUUUUCGCUCCGAAAACAAAUCAAUUAUACUGCUUUCUUUUGAGGAGGAUUGACAUUACCAAAUGAACUGAUUAUAAAAGCAUGAAAAUAUCGUAACUACCCUUUCUGCGUAAAUGUAUGGCCCCUGUGAGCAUGAGACCCGGGCCGCUUAUAUAUCUGUGUGUACAUAUUGUAUCGCAGUGUGUGUGCGUAUUAUUGUCAAGUCAUUUAUUUAUUUAAACGUCGUAAUAAUCGAUACGUCGCGCUUCUCGCGGCGAUUUUCCCCUCUGUUCUCUCCCUUGUUUGUAUUUUGACUACGCAGUAAGCAAAGAGAAAAAAAAAAAAAUAAACGAAACAAU